AUGGCUACCCCUAGUGUCCUAGCUUUUGACGCUGAGGGUCGCGCCAUUGAUUUUGAGGUCUGGUUAGACGACCUGCAGCUGUUCUUACAGUGCGACAGGGCUGACGACCUUUCUCUCUUUGAUCUCACCUCUGGCGCCUCUCCUGCUCCUGCUGCUGAUGCUGAUCCCGCUGUCCGCUCUAAGUGGGCCACCCGCGAUGCUGCUGCACGUCUUGCUGUGCGUCGCCACCUCCCUACCUCUGAGCGUGCGCACUUCAGUCAGUACAAGAGUGCUCAGACCUUGUACGACGCUGUAGUUGCGCGCUACUCCUCCCCUGCCACUGCUGCACUGAGCCGUCUCAUGCUUCCCUACCUCUUUCCUGACCUCUCUGCCUUUCCCACUGUCGCUGACCUCAUUACGCACCUCCGCACUAGUGACACUCGCUACCGCGCCGCCCUUCCUGCUGAGUUCUGCGCUAAGAACCCCCCCCCCAUGUACAUCGCUCUCUACUACGUAGUCGCGCGCCUCCCUGACUCCCUUCGAGUCGUCAGGGACCACUUUCUCGCAGUCUGUCCCACCACCCUCACCGUCGACCUCCUCGAGAAGGCCCUCCUCGCAGCGGAGAAGAGCAUAGUCGCUGUAGGUGCUUCUCGUGGUGACCCUCGCACCCCCAUCUUUGAGGGGUGCUCUCCUUCCCCCUUGCUGCCCUCUGUUGCCUCUGCUGCUGCUGCUGCCGACCUGCUUGGUCUUGAGUCGGUCGACGCGGCGUCUGCCCCUAGUGGGAGACGCCGCUCCAGCAAGGGCAAGGGGGGCAAGGGCGCGGGUGGAGCUGGAGGGGGCGGUGGCGGUGGCGGCGGUGGCGGCGGAGGGAGUGGGGGUGGCGGCGGGACUAGUGGCGGGGGUGGUGGUGGUGGUGGUGGCAGCAGCGGCGGAGACGGUGGUGGUGGUGCCACCGGUGGUGGUGGAGGCAGCGGCGGAGGUGGAGGCGGUGGAGGUGGCAGCGGAGGGGGCAGUGGUGGUGGAGGAGGUGGAGCUGGUCGGGGUGGUACCCAGCAGCAUAGCGGCGGUGGUGGUGGCCAGCGCUCGCAGCGGCAGCAGCAGCAGCGCUCGCGGGACAUCCCUUUGCCUCAGCAGCUUCGUGAGUGGUACGCUGGGCGUCAGAGGGGUGGGGGUACUGGUCCCUGCACCUACGUUCUUCGUUCCGGCGACCAGGCGGGUGAGCAGUGUGGGGGUGCCCACGCCACCCAGCGCUGCUUUGGCCGCCUGACGGACGCCUGGCGUCAGCAGUUCCCUGGGGCUAGUGAUAUCCCUCGCUGGGAUGAGCUUCUCAGGGCUGGUGUAGCGAUCUUUGAUCUUGAUUUUGAUGCUAUCCUUACUGCUAUGUAUGUUGUGGAUUAUAGUGAGGAGAAUGAGGGUUACCGUUGUUUCCAGCCCGACCCGGGCAUUGGUACUGCUGCGCUAGGUACUUGUGAGGCUGCUGCUCUAGGUGCCAGUGCGUCUGCGCUCUCAGGUACUGGUGAGACUGCGCUCUCAGCGGACCUGCAGGAUGUGGGUGUUCACCAGUUCACUCCUGCGAGUCAGCGGGUGACCCACUGCACGGAGGCACGCACAGGCCGACACCUGGCCACGUUCUCGCGUCGGCCGGGGUCGAGUCUCUACACCCUGACCGUUGAGUCUCCUCCUGUCCCUGCGUCUGGUCAGGUGGCUGCGUCGGGUCAGGUACUUGCUGCUGCGUCCUGGUCAGGUCCUGAGUCUGCCCCCUGUUCUUGUCGCCUCCUGUCUCACGAGACUCUCCUGUGGCACCACCGUCUUGGCCACCCCUCCUUGCCCCGUCUUCGGAGCAUGGCUUCCCGUGUCCUUGUCUCUGGUCUUCCCCAGUCUCUCCCUCCUCUCCCCUCCGGGCCAGGACCUUCCUGUGUCCCCUGUGUCGAGGGUCGCCUCCGGGCUACUCCUCACUCCUCCCACUUCCCCCCGACAGAGGCUCCCCUGCAGACGCUUCACAUGGAUGUGUGGGGCCCAGCCCCCGUCCGUGGGCAGGGUUACGAGCGCUACAUCCUGUUGGUGGUUGACGACUACUCGCGUUACACCACAGUCCUCCCCUUGCGCAGCAAGGGUGAGGUCACUGAGGUGCUGAUCGACUGGAUCCGCGAGGCUCGUCUCCAGCUCAGGAAGAGCUUCGGCUCGGACUUUCCUGUUCUGCGUCUGCACUCUGACAGAGGCGGAGAGUUCUCUUCUCGCCUUCUGCGAGACUACUGUCGUGCACGGGGGAUCCGCCAGACCUUCACGCUUCCGGACUCACCACAGCAAAAUGGGAUUGCUGAGCGCCGCAUUGGCAUGGUCAUGGAUGUCGCUCGUACGUCCAUGAUGCAUGCGGCUGCCCCCCAUUUUCUGUGGCCGUUUGCGGUGAGGUACGCGGCGCAUCAGCUCAACCUUCACCCCCGGGUCUCUCGGCCUGCGAUGUCCCCAGCCUUGCUGUGGACGGGGAAGGUUGGCGAUGCGUCUGUGUUCCGUGUCUGGGGAUCUCGGGCGUUUGUCCGCGACUUGUCUGCGGACAAACUGUCCCCUCGUGCUGCUCCCUGUGUCUUCCUUGGCUUCCCCACUGACGCCCCAGGGUGGCAGUUUUACCACCCCUCCUCUCGUCGUGUUCUGUCCUCCCAGGACGUCACGUUCGACGAGUCAGUCCCCUUCUACCGUCUCUUCCCCUACCGCACUCCUUCCCUCCCCCCUCCCCCGGACUUCCUUGUGCCGGUUCCCCCCCCGGUAGACCCCCUCCCCCCUCAGGUUCCUGCCCCCUCAGGUGUGUCCCAGGUAGACGCCGUUGACCCGGUCGAGGUUACUGGUGACUCUGGUGCUGCUGCGGGUGCUGAGCCUGGGGGUGCUGACUCUGGGGGUGCUGUGCGUGGGGGCGCUGAGCCUGGGGGUGCUACUGCUGGGGGUGCUGGGCCUCAGGGUACUACUGCGGAGGGUGACGAGCCUGGGGGUGCUGAGCCGGGGGGUGCUGUGCCUGGAGGUGCUGGGUCUGGGGGUGCUGGGUCGGGAGCUGCUGAGCCUGGGGGUGCUGAGGUGGGAGCUGCUGGGCCUGGGGGUGCUGCGUCUGGAGCUGCUGAGCCUGGGGUUUCUCCUGCUGCUGCGUCUCGCCGGGAGCCCCUCUCUCCACAGGAGCUGCGCGAGUGGUUCGCUCGCCGCUGGAGGCGUGCUGCUGAGUCUGGAGGUGCUGCUGGAGCUGGAGCUGGAGCUUCUUCGACCGUCGAGGGUGCGGGUGCUGCCGGUCCCGGAGCUGCUGGACCUGCGGGUCCUCCCGGAGCAGGAGCUGCUGCGGGCGCUGGUGCUGAGUCUACCUCUGUUGGUCCUGCCGCUGGAGGUGUGGGUGGCGCUGGUGCUGUCGCUGAGGGUGCUGGUGCUGUCGCUGAGGGUGCUGGUGCUGUCCCUGCUGCGUCUGGAGCUGCCGCGCGGCCUCGGCCGUACUUCGUUCCGCUCCUGCAGCAGGUUCUUGGUCUUUCUCCUCCAGUAGAGGGUCCACCGCCUGUCCAGUCGCAGUCCCUGCUGGAGCCUUCCUCUCCACUGCCUGCUCCCUCUCCUUACACUGGUCCUACUGGAGGUCUUGCUGAGCGUCGUGAGCCUGCGUCUCGUCCCGCGUCGCCUGUUCGCACUGCCCGCGCUAGUGGUCGCAGUUCGCGUCAGCGUCCUCCUCCUGUCCCUGGCACGCACCGGAUGUCUUUGCGUCCGUCCACUGCUCCUCUGCGUGCCCCUUUGCCUUCUCCUCCUGAGUCCUCUCUUCCUGCGCUUGCCGACCCUGGGUCGGACUCUCUUCGUGCUGCCAGUCCUACUGUCACGCGUCUGCUUGCUACUGUCGUCACUGACCCCUCUUUUGAGUCCACUGCUGCGUCUGCUCUAGACGCUGAGCUCGUCGACUUUGCUGCUCGCUGUCGUCUCGACUACGCUGCUGGUCUUGUUACUGAGUCUGCGUCUGUCUGUCCUCCGUCCGUCGGGGGUGAGUGUGCUCUUGGCACGGACGUCCUAGAGGACAAGCAGGAGGAGUUACAGUGUCUAGCGACUGCUUCACCUCAUCUCGCGUCUGUACUGCUUGCCCCUGAGGGAGACCCGGAUGCACUAGACAUCCCGACUCCGCGUUCUUACGCGGAGGCCGUAGAGGGUCCCUACUCCUCUCAGUGGCAGGCAGCUAUGGAUGCAGAGAUGGCUUCCUGGAAGUCCACAGGCACCUACGUUGACGCGGUUCCCCCUCCUGGGGCGAACAUCGUCAGUGGCAUGUGGAUCUUCAGGGUGAAGCGGCCGCCGGGCUCUCCACCUGUCUUCAAGGCACGGUACGUUGCUCGUGGCUUCAGUCAGCGGCAGGGAGGUAGCCUGCACGAGGAGAUCUGGCUUCGCCGUCCACCUGGCUUCACUGGGACUUUCCCUCCUGGCACCCAGUGGAGCCUCCGACGGCCAGUCUACGGUCUCCGCCAGGCACCGCGUGAGUGGCACGACACACUGAGGACUACGCUUGCGGCUCUUGGGUUUGCUCCUUCUACUACUGACCCGUCGCUGUUUCUUCGCACCGACACUUCCCUGCCGCCGUUCUACAUCCUCGUGUACGUCGACGACUUGGUCUUUGCCACAGCGGACACUGCUGGACUCGCCUACGUGAAGUCCGAGCUGCUGAAGAGACACACGUGCACAGACCUGGGUGAACUGCGCAGCUACCUUGGCUUGCAGAUCACUCGGGACAGAGCACGCCGCACCAUUACCUUGACUCAGUCACACAUGGUGCAGCAGGUCCUUCAGCGCUUCGGCUUCACGUACUCCUCGCCUCAGGCCACUCCUCUGCCUACUCGCCACUCACUCUCAGCUCUGCCUUCGGAUGAGUCCGUAGAGUCGAGUGGUCCGUAUGCAGAGCUUGUUGGCUGCCUCAUGUACCUGAUGACCUGCACACGACCUGACCUUAGAUACCCUCUGAGCAUUCUUGCUCGCUAUGUUGCUCCUGGGAGACACAGACCAGAGCACAUGGCUGCAGCGAAGAGGGUAUUGCGCUACCUGUGCAGCACGUCGGGCAUGGGGCUAGUGCUUGGAGGGCGGAGUCCAGUGGUCCUUACCGGCCACGCGGACGCUUCUUGGGCUGACGACCAGGCUACGCAGCGGUCGUCACAGGGUUACACCUUCAGCCUUGGUUCCGGCUCUGUCUCGUGGCGGUCUACUCGCUCGUCUUCGGUUCUCGGCUCCAGUUGUGAGGCUGAGAUCUACGCCGGGGCCAUGGCUGCACAGGAGCUUCGCUGGCUCACCUACCUGCUGACUGACCUUAGAGAGCCACCUCGUUCUCCGCCAGUGCUGUACGUAGACAACAAGGCCAUGCUGGCCUUGUGUCGAGAGCAGCGCUUGGAGCACAGAACGAAGCACAUUGCUCUCCGCUACUUCCUUGCUCGUGAGCUGCAGCAGCGUGGUCAGUUACGACUUGCGUACGUGGCCUCUGAGGCCAAUAGUGCUGAUGUGUUCACCAAGGCACUCGCGCCUUGUGACCAUCAGCGCUUUUGCACCCAGCUGGGUCUUGUGCCUGUCUUGCCUCACUUGCUCUCCUCUUGA